AUGGACUUUCUCAUAAAAUUUGCGCAGGCGCACGAGUCCUUUCGAGUCGCCGAAAUCGAGGCGCUCGCGCUUGUCGAGGGUCUUGACAUGAAGAUUAUCGAGUAUAGCGAGGAUUCCCCUUUCUGCGUUGUACGGCUGCCUUCGGUGGAGGCAGCCAAGAAGCUGAUCAAGAGGUCUAUCCUUGGCCAGUCUAUCCAUGAACUUUGGGGCCGUGGGAGCACUCUGGAAGAUGUCCAUAAUGCCGUCAAGUCAGACACAUCGCAUCUUUGGGACCAGUACAUGGACAAAUCCUUCAGGUUCGAGGUCGAGCCUUUUCAAGGCUCCCGCUCUGCGAAGAAGAGACUUGAACUCAUCAACUCUUUUCGAUUCUUGGGCUGGAAGGGGCCCGUCAAAAUGUCAAACCCCGACAACAUGUUCACCAUCUUUGAGAUGUGGCCGUUCAACAGCGUCCCUCUCAAAAUCCCAGAUCCUAGAGCUAUUUACCUUGGCCGUUACGUUGCGAGCUCAUCUCGAGAAAUCCUGGUCAGAUUUGACUUAAAGAAACGAGGGUACAUCUCGACAACGAGCAUGGACUCGGAACUUGCCCUGGUCACUGCCAACAUCGCUCUCGCUGCUCCAGGCAAACUCUUUUACGACCCCUUUGUUGGAACAGGCUCAUUCCCCGUGGCUUGCGCUCACUUUGGCGCUCUUGCUUGGGGUAGCGAUAUCGAUGGCCGGAGCAUUCGCGGCGAGGGUGGAAAGAAGAGUCUGCUAGGGAACUUCCAGCAAUAUGGCCUGACGUCUUGUCUGGGGGAUGUAUUCUCCUCAGACUUGACCAAUUCGCCCAUCAGGAGACAACGAAGGACAUGGGAUGGGAUCGUCUGCGACCCCCCAUAUGGUGUCCGAGAGGGACUCAGAGUGCUGGGUCUCCGAGACCCUGAGAAAACACCCUGGUUGAUAGAGCAGGGGAAGGAAAGGGGAAUGAAUCCCGACUACGUCCCGCCAAAGAAGCCAUACAGCUUCCUCAUAAUGCUCGACGACAUUCUCAGCUUCGCAGUGGACACACUGGUUGACAACGGCAGACUCUCGUUCUGGAUGCCAACCGCUAACGAGGAGGAACUCGAGAUCCCAGUACCUACCCAUCCCUGCCUCGAGAUUGUUGUGGUCUGCGUCCAGCCUUUCAACAAGUGGUCAAGGAGGCUCAUCACUUACCGCCGACUGCCCGACUCAGAAGUUUCACAACCUGCUCUGGAAGCUUACGCAAGCCGACAGAAGCUUACGGUCAACGGAACAUCAGCAGAUGAACUCAACCCAUUUCGGCGUGGAUAUUUCAACAAGUUCGAGGCUGACGAAUAA